UAAAUAUCUGUUUGUUUCUUUUAGAAGGCUUUGUUAUACUUAUAGCCUGUCAAAACAUAAAGUUUUCAAAAAAUGCCGAUUUGGAAGGGUUUACUUGUCCCACGAUAAAUAAGGAUUUUGAAGAAAAUAAGUUGAAUAAAAUGCAGUGUCUGACAAUUUGUGCUGAUAGCUCGUCGUGUUUUGGCGUGUUCCACGACGAAGCUUAUAUGCACUGUGUAGGGUGCAAUGACAAAUUUCUUACCAAUUCAUCCGCCCCAUCUCUGGAUGGAAUGAAGUACUACUUUAAGCAAAGGUACAUGCUAGUUACUGAAGAGAAAACAUGGGGCAAUGCAAGUCUACACUGUCAGACUUUAGGUGGAUAUUUAGCAGACAUAACAUCAGAAGAGGAUGAAAUACACAUAGUGGAUCAAGUACUCGGCAGUGACUAUACUAAUAUCACUUGGAUAGGAGCAUCGCGCAACGAAUCUGGGGGAACAUUUUACUGGGAAGACGGUACACCCAUCUCUGCCGAUCAUAGGAUGUGGGGACCAAAUGAACCUAUGGACGACCGGAACGAGAAGUGCUUAACGCUGAGUUGGGAGGAGGGUGCGUGGGCUUGGCAUGAUUAUCAUUGCAAUUUUGUUUUCUGGAGCUUGUGUGAAUUUGACUAGGUUUUUUCGACGAAGUCCGUCUGAGAUCGGUUUGACUGCCUCUAAAAUUUUACAGGGAAAAACUAAAUAUUAGAAGGAUAUUCAAAUCUGGGAAUCUCAUUCUAUAUAGUAUAUAUAUAUAAUUAUAGUAUCAGAAACAAACUUGCAACUUAAAUUUCUCGGAUAUUUGAAAUCUGUGAACUUCCUCCCAAUAAAUAUUUAACACUGCUUUAAAAAAAUAAUUAAUUAUCUCGUGAAUAUCUUAUUCAACAUAAAAAUUUACUGAAUUAUAAAUGAAUGAGAUUCUAAAAUGACGAGACUACCAAAUUGAACAACGUCCAAGAUCCCGGGAAAAAAUGUACAAACCGAAAGAGACCAUGUAAAAGCAGUUUUACCUCGUCCGAGAUACUUCUUGUUACAAAUGUACGUUAACUAAAAAAGUGUUUUUGCGGAUUGAUGCAGCCAUUCUGAAUUUGUAUUGUUUUUUUAAUCAUAUUCUAUGGUACCUGUAUGUUUGCUCCAUUCACUGUACGUAUUAUUUAUAGUGACAAGAUCGGACAGGAAGAAAAAAUCUGUAUUUUAUAUUGUGAUCCAUGUAAAACCAUUACAGUUUAGUUGAAAUAAUUAUAGUGCAAAUAUUCGAGGAGACAUAUAAUAAAAUGGUUAUUGUUAGAGUACAUGUACAUUGAUUACAAUGUAAUUGGUUAUACUUGAUCUCCAUAAGAUCUUAAUAAGAUGGAUUCAGUGUCUUGUGAAGUCCGGGUUAUGUAAAAUAUACUCAGAUGAAAUACAAGUUCCGGAUUAAGACACUAUUUUAAUUAACCCUAUUUUUGUUUCCUCAAUAAUUGAAUUGACGAUAUCUGGAGAGGAAAUGAUAUAAUUAUUGUUUUACUUGCUUUCAAAUCCAGUCUGAAUUUCUUUGUUGUGAAAUGUUUGUAAUGUACAACUUAUUCAAUAAAUAAAGUUUAACUAAAUUGACUAUAAAAUUCAGUAACUACACUGUAUAUAAUUUGACAAUGCUUAUCAAUUUUGGGUCAUUCCUUAACAAGUAAAUAUUAAUUCUGGAAAAACGGAGUGAGAGAAUGAACACAAGUUAUUGGUCUAGAAAUAUAAAUUAAAAAAAAAAUUCCAGUCUCAUCAUGUAAAAAAACAAACCUCAGUUGAGUCCCAUUAAUAUAUAAGACUUAUACACACAAUUCAGGCUAAAUAACAUGCAAGAUAGGGUUGAAAAUUCUUAUCGAUUCCUGAUAAAAUAAAUCUAGGGAUUCAAACACGUCUAUAUAGUUUCCAGAAAAAUGUCAGUCUUUAACACAUGCAAAAGCGUUAAAUAAUAGAUUUAAUUUAAAUGCUACUUCUGAUUCAUUUUACGGUGACAUCGAAAUAUGUUUUUGAUGGUUGAUGUCCUUUCAGUAGGAAAAUAACAGUGUUAAAAAAGAAUAUGGUUUCUGAUUAUAUGAUUAGAUUUAUUAUGAAAACCUAGAUGUGUUCAUACGAGCAAAUAAAAUAUUUACAAUUCAGAACUAGAUGAAUUGACAACAAAAUCACAUUCAAAGUGAAACUGAAUUUUAAAUGCAUGCACAUGCAUACAGUCUAUUUGCAUGAUUAGAAAUAAAAUAUGGGGAUUCGGACAAGGGCUUCUUAUUACAAAAGUAGUUUCACAAUCAUAAGCUUGAUAAAUUUAGCUUGAACGCAUUGAUCAAUUUAACUUUUAAGAUGCGAUUUCGAAUUUUAACACAACGUCUACUUUUGUCUAUAAAUUUACAGAUAAAAAAAUCUAUUAAAUUAUUGAUGGUCCAAAUAAUUAUUCUUCACGUCAGAUCUGACAUCAGUGUUGUAUGCAUCAAAUCAAUAAAUAAUAGUUAAGGCUAAUGCAAUAAUUUAUCAUAAAGGUCAUUGUCAUAUAAAGGUCAGAUUAAGUUUAACGGUCUA